AUGCCCGAUCUCAAAUACGAUACAGAAAUUUGGCAAAGGCAGCAAAAUCGCUCACACGACUCGUUUGGUGCAGUAAAAAGUCCAGUUUACAAAUUACUCAGUCUUGGCACUGAGAGCAGGCAACUGAGAAUGGACGUUGCCGGGAAAAGAUUGCCUAUGGAUUACAGAUAUACAGUCUAA